AUGCAUUGGGGCACCCAGGUGAAACUUUGGGGUCCCUCGCUCCGGGCCUACCUGGGCUCCCCUCUGCGCAUGCGCCACUCCUGGGAAGCCCACGUACCCCGCGACGUGGUGCUCUUCCAGCACGACCGGCGCCGCUUCUUCCGGAUCUUGGGCCUCUUCUGCGCCGCCCAGUUCGCCUUCUGGUCCUUCUUGGCCCACUUCGCCUUCCAUUCCCUGAGGGCGCCGAAGCGGGAGGCGGGAAAAGGCCGGCCCGCGCCCACGCUGCCCGGAGGGGCCUCGCUCGACCUGGGCUCCGACAAGUGGCGCUUCGGCUUCAGCGCCUCAUGCCUCACGCUGGGGUGUCUGAUCGUGGCUGCGGGUUUUGCCUUUUCCCGGCGCUCUGUGGGGCAGGUCCUGCUGCACCGCGGGGGCCAAGAGGUGACGCUGAGCACCUACUACCCCUUUGGCCUCACCUCCUCCUUCUCGGUGCCGCUGCGCCACGUCUCCUGUGUGUCCCACCGGUCGGAGGUCCCGGCUUGGAUCCCACUCAAAGUCAAGGGGAAACCCUUCUAUUUCCUGCUGGACAAACAGGGGCGGGUGACCAACACCCAACUUUUUGACAUCACUGUGGGGGCCUACCGCAAGCUAUAA